AACGCGCUCCGCUUGCUCAGUCGGCGCGACCAGGUCCCAGUGCUGCCGGUGAGCUCAGCGGUGGCCCCGCGGGCCGGUUUGCGGUGCCGAAAUGCGCCCGCUGUUUGGCCUCCUUCUGGUUUUCACCGGCUGUACCUUCGCUCUGUACUUGCUGUCGACGCGACUGCCCCGCGGGCGGAGGCUGGGCUCCACCGAGGAGACGGGAGACAGGUCACUGUGGUUCCCCUCAGACCUGGCAGAGCUGCGGGAGCUCUCUGAGGUCCUGCGGGAGUACCGGAAGGAGCACCAGGCCUACGUGUUCCUGCUCUUCUGUAGUGCCUACCUCUACAAACAGGGCUUUGCCAUCCCUGGCUCCAGCUUCCUGAAUGUUUUAGCUGGUGCCUUGUUUGGGCCAUGGCUGGGGCUUCUGCUGUGCUGUGUAUUGACCUCAGUGGGUGCCACUUGCUGCUACCUGCUCUCCAGUAUUUUUGGCAAACAGCUGGUGGUCUCCUACUUUCCUGAUAAAGUGGCCUUGCUGCAGAGGAAGGUGGAGGAAAACAGAAACAGCUUGUUUUUUUUCUUACUGUUUUUGAGAUUUUUCCCCAUGACGCCAAACUGGUUCUUGAACCUCUCAGCCCCGAUUCUGAACAUCCCCAUUGUGCAGUUCUUCUUCUCAGUUCUUAUCGGUUUGAUACCAUACAAUUUCAUCUGUGUGCAGACAGGCUCCAUCUUGUCCACCCUAACCUCCCUGGAUGCUCUUUUCUCUUGGGAAACUGUCUUAAAGCUGUUGGCCAUUGCUCUGGUGGCAUUAGUUCCUGGAACGCUCAUUAAAAAAUUUAGUCAGAAACAUUUACAAGUGAAUGAAACGAGCAGCGCUAAUCACAUGAACAGCAGAAAAGACAUGUGAUCUGGAUUUCCUGUUUGCCAUGUUCCUGGACUCUUAAUUGUGUCAUGGAUGUAGCCCUCUAAAGCUCCUCAUUUUUUAAUUACCCUCCACAGGUGAUUUGGACACUUUGUUCAUCUGUGUGCAGUGUGUUGUCAAAUGGGAUACUCUGUGCUCGUGAAGGUGAGUUAGAUCAGGUUUUAAAACCAAUCCUGGUUUAACCAGACACUGCAAACUGGAUGGCCUCCUAGAAAGUCCUGUUUAUAUUUUAUUAUCUAACAAGGAGCUCAGGCCAGCCUAUUAUAUUUGCCUUGGGAGAUGGUGUUAAUUGUCCUUGUUCAGACUGCCUCUGCUCACUGUAAAGUGAUAGGCUGUUGUGAUAUGUCUCCUUUUGUUAAGUCCCUGUAGAUGUAUGUGAUUAGUGAUAAUGACAUUAUGAUGACAUGUGACCCCAUAUCACUGACAUCCCUCUUCGUUUACUGUUGGAUUCUUGAAGAGUGAUUCUUUUGUGCUUUUCUGUGAUGACUACCUCUUCGUAAGGCAAGGGAAACAAGCCAAUACACUGCCUAGGACUUCCAUGUAGAGCUCAAACACUGUGACACUUUGUUCAGACACACUGAUGUUACCACAUUAUGUCAAAUCUCAUGGUUGCAAGUCCUGACAGUUAAGCUGAUUAUAAACAGGCUAUUAAAUAUGAAUGGAGCAAAUUCUGUUAUGGGUAUAUUCUGGAAAAAUUCUUAUCCAUCUGGAUGAGGGCAGGGCUUUUACCUAACCUGAAUCAAAUGACCAUCCAUGUAGUUUUUUAUUCACCUUUUCUUCAUGAGAAUCCCUUGUGUUCUGCUGAGAGAGUGGAUUCAGUACCUAGGCUAUCAGCCGUUAUACUCUCUGAAUGUUUUUCAUUUGCCAAGAAUAACUGAGGAAUAAUUGUAUUUUAUCUUUUAAUUCAAGGAGAAAAACUUGGUUUCUGAUUACUUUGUCAUGAUGUGUCUUUUUCUUGUUUGUUUUUUUGGAGACAGAGUCUCACUUUGUUGCCCUGGGUAGAGUGCCAUGGCAUCACAGCUCACAUCAACCUCAACUCUUGGGCUUAAGCGAUUUUCUUGUCUCAGCCUCCCAAGUAGCUGGGACUCCAGGUGCCUGCCACAACGUCUGGCUAUUUUUAGAGAUGAGGUCUCACUCUGGCUCAGGCUGGUCUCAAACCAUAAGCGCAGGCAAUCCACCUGCCUCAGCCUCCCAGAAUGCUAGGAUUACAGGCAUGAGCCACCACACCCAGCUGUCGUGAUGUCUUAAUUGCCUAUUUCUGUCAUUUCUUUCUGCAGCUUAAGUAUUGGAUUGGCACAGAGCUGGGUUAAUGCUUCUAAGGACAGAGAGACCUUAGCACCAAAACUAACUAGCUCUGCAGAGCUAGGUUAACUUACCAUAAUCUAACAGAACUGUUGUUCUUGGGCAUCAUUUGUUGGGUUUAUGAUUUGGCUUGCCCAAGAAUCUCACUAAAACUUGGGCCUCUUGUUUUAUUUAAAUUCUUGGGAAUAUUCAUGUUCCAGAGGAAGAACUUCAAGUAGGAAUGUUUUGAGAAAAGAAAAAAAAAAAUGGAGAUUUAUUUUUAAAAAAAGUAAAUCGAUUGCAUUAAUGUACACAGCUAUGAUUUAAUAAUAAUAAAAAAAGAAAAAAGUAAAUCAUCUGGUAAAAGUAUCCAUGUUAUUAGUUUUUUUUGGACAUGCUAUUAUAUUUUCAUACCAGGGAUUUCAUUUUAACAAAUGUGUUUCUUUAAAGAAAACAGUGGGGGCAAGUAGGAGGCUGACUUUGAACAGUGGCUCUUCAUGUUCUGCAGUAGGACAGAAGAAACAAGGAUGUUUUCCACACAUUGCAAAGAUGUGUCCUUUGCCCCUUUUCAGGAUCCUUAUAUUUGUCUUCCUCCAAACCUACAGUUUUGCAACAAGGUGCCUUAUCAGUUGUGAGUUUAUAGGCAAAGCGAUUUCCCAAAUAAAUGAAUAUAAAUA